AUCAGGGGAUGUGCAAAGGAAGGAGUGGUGUAGAUUAGAAUAGAUUACAGCAGCAGCAGGGUGGCUGUAGGGUGAGAGUGACGCCCGGAGGAGGAGGGGGAGUGACCGGCUGGAAGGAAGAAGAACAGUCGCCUCCCUGCGAUAGGACUUGCAGGCAGGGGUGGGUUGAGAGGCUGCGUCAGACGAUCUGAGCUCCCGGGGAAGAGAGAGUAGCCACCGGCCCCCCAGUCCUCCUCCAAAUACAGGGACCCUUACCUGCAGAGAGAGGAUGCUGCAAACCAUUUAUGACUGCUUCUGGUGGCAUAGGCUGUGGCUUCCAGUGGGUCUGACCUGGGAAGACCUUCAGGAUAAGGAAGGUCGUACGUAUGCCAAAGCCUCUGACCUGUACAUCACUAUCCCCUUUGCCUUCAUCUUCCUCAUAGUACGAUACUUCUUUGAAAUUUAUGUAGCUACCCCACUUGCCCAGAUUCUGGGCGUGAAGGACAAGGUGAAAUUGCGCCCGGCACAUAAUCCCGCUCUGGAGGCGUUUUAUGCAAGCAACUCAAAGCACCCAAAACAGGGUGACCUAGAGAGCCUGUCUAAGGCAAGUAAAUUUACAGUGCGCCAGGUAGAAAGAUGGUUCCGCCGGCGGAGAAACCAGGACAGACCGAGUCUACAGAAGAAGUUCCGUGAAGCGAGCUGGAGAUUCACCUUUUACCUUAUUGCUUUCAUUGCUGGCAUGGCCGUCCUUAUAGAUAAGCCAUGGUUCUAUGAUCUCGGUGAAGUGUAUAAAGGUUUCCCCAAACAGAGUAUGCUGCCAUCCCAGUACUGGUAUUACAUGAUUGAACUGGGCUUUUACUGGUCUCUGCUCUUCAGAAUCGCAUUUGAUGUUAAACGAAAGGACUUUAAAGAGCAGGUUAUACAUCACGUAGCCACUAUUCUACUGAUCAGCUUCUCAUGGUGUGCAAACUACAUACGUGUGGGUACAUUGGUCUUGGCCAUUCAUGACUCCUCUGACUUUUUACUAGAGUCUGCAAAAAUGUUUAACUAUGCUGGCUGGAAGCAAAUGUGCAACAACAUAUUUGUGGUGUUUGCUGUGGUGUUCAUCAUUACCAGAAUUAUUAUUUUUCCAUUUUGGAUCCUGCACUGUAACUGGUUUUACCCUAGAGUACACUAUCCAGCUUUCUUUGGAUACUAUUUCUUCAAUGUACUGCUGUGGAUACUGCAAUGCUUGCACAUCUUCUGGGCCUAUCUCAUACUUGGCAUGGCCCACAAGUUUCUUACGGGCAAGCUGGAACAAGAUGAAAGAAGUGACCGAGAUGAAACUGAUCUCACCGAUGAAGAAGAGCCCAUCAAGAACGGGACAGUUUCCAAUGGUCAUUCAGUGCAGAACAAUAACCACCACAAAGCCGAUUGACCUCUGGUUAGCCACAUGGCUGAUUCACCCUCAAGUUCUCUUUUGAGGAACGAAUAGUAAUGAAUGUCCUCCUUCCUGAUUCACACUAAAAUACCUUACCAUCAUCUCAAGAAAAUACACUAAUUGACAUCUCAAAGACCAGCCCAGUUUACAUUCUUCAAAGAGCCUUAGGAGGUGGAUCGAUGAAGCUUUUCCAAUGGGACAGUUUUAAACAUGUUGAUUCAUGUAUGUUUAGGUUCUUUUUUUUUUUUUUCUUUUCUAUUCUUUUUUUUG